AUUUUAUGCCAGAGAUUCAGGUUUGUUCGAUAAUCAAUCAAAAGAAUAUGGCGGCUGCCACCGGAAAGAGUAAGAUUCUCAUCAUCGGCGGAACCGGCUACAUCGGAAAAUUCAUCGUGAAAGCAAGCGCCACGGCUGGUCAUCCAACCUUCGCUCUUAUUAGAGAGACCUCCAUUUUAAGUCCAGCCAAGGCCCCCAUCAUCCAGGCUUUUAAGAGCUCUGGAGUCUUUCUCGUUCAUGGUGAUUUAAAUGAUCACGAGGGUUUGGUGAAGGCGAUGAAACAAGUGGAUGUGGUGAUCUCUGCCGUUGGUAAAGAUCUCUUACCAGAACAGACCAAGAUCAUCGCCGCCAUUAAAGAUGCUGGUAACAUCAAGAGAUUCUUUCCAUCAGAAUUUGGAAACGAUGUAGAUCGAGUCCACGCUGUUGAUCCAGCAAAAUCGAUGUUUGGUGCGAAAUCUAUGAUCCGUAGAGCCGUUGAAGCAGAAGGAAUUCCAUACACCUAUGUAUGUUCCAACUUUUUUGCAGAUCGUUUUCUUAAAACUUUGGGACAACCUGGAGCUAUGGCUCCUCCAAGAGACAAGGUUGUCAUCUUUGGGGAUGGAAAUUCUAAAGCUGUCUUUAUCGAAGAAACAGAUGUUGGGACCUAUACGAUAAAAGGCGUGGAUGAUCCAAGAACCUUGAACAAAAUACUUUACAUUAGACCCACAAGCAACAUGGGCUCACUCAACGACAUUGUAUCCUUAUGGGAGAAGAAGAUAGGCAAGACUCUUGAAAGAACAUAUGUGUCUGAAGAGCAACUUAUUGAGAACAUCCAAGAAGCUGGUUUUCCAAGAAACGUGGUGUUAUCGCUCUGCCACUCGGCUUUCGUUAAAGGGGAUCAUACAAACUUCGAGAUUGAAAGUUCGUUUGGGGUGGAAGCAUCGGAACUCUAUCCUGAUGUUAAGAACACUACUGUCUCUGAGUAUCUUGACCAAUUUGUGUGAGAAUAAGAUGUUAUUGUUGUUGAUGGAUGAAAAGAAAAAAAAUAUAAUUUGAGCCA